CUACUGCGGAUAUUACGGCAAUUUCCACAGAGUAGAAGAGAUAAACAAACAUGUAAUAUUAUACAUAAAGUGUUUACUCACCCACUCUUCAACACAUCUUCAUUUUAGUAAUAUUUCUCAGAAUUGUCGCUGCGUUGUUACUUUUCACCCGCGACCGGAUACAGAAUUUAAACGUUUUCUUUUUAACAAAACGAAGUUGUCUUGUCAAAAGAAGAACGACGCUUGGAAAAAUGUCGUGAAACGAUGAGCUUUACCACACUCAUUAUCUGCUGGCUGUCAGAGACAGGUAUUUGUGAUCAUCCCUAAACCCAAAGGGAGACUAUCAGGGCUGUAAAUUAGUUUUUCCUAAGUUCAUUUGAAUUAAGGUGGAAAGUCAUGGCUUGGGCUUUGAAACUACCUCUGGCCGAUGAGGUGAUCGAGUCUGGUCUGGUCCAGGACUUUGAUGCCAGUCUGUCAGGAAUCGGGCAAGAGCUUGGAGCUGGUGCUUACAGCAUGAGUGAUGUGCUAGCUCUUCCCAUCUUCAAGCAGGAGGAAUCAAACUUACCUCCUGAAAGUGAAAAUAAGAUCCUUCCCUUCCAGUAUGUACUGUGUGCAGCCACCUCUCCUGCUGUCAAACUACAUGAUGAGACACUCACCUACCUCAAUCAAGGACAGUCUUAUGAGAUUCGAAUGCUGGACAAUCGGAAAAUGGGAGAGCUUCCUGAGAUCAAUGACAAAAUGGUUAAGAGCAUCAUCCGUGUUGUGUUUCACGACCGUCGUCUUCAGUACACUGAACACCAACAGCUGGAGGGCUGGCGCUGGAAUAGACCAGGAGACAGAAUCCUUGAUUUAGAUAUCCCGAUGUCAGUGGGGGUAAUUGAUCCCAGAGCAAACCCUACACAGCUCAACACAGUGGAGUUCCUCUGGGACCCCUCAAAGAGGACCUCUGUGUUUAUUCAGGUUCACUGUAUCAGCACAGAGUUCACUAUGCGCAAGCAUGGAGGAGAGAAGGGAGUGCCAUUCCGUGUUCAGAUUGACACUUUCAAGGAGAACGAGGCCGGAGAAUACACUGAACACCUGCACUCCGCCAGCUGCCAAAUCAAAGUUUUUAAGCCUAAGGGUGCAGACAGAAAACAGAAGACAGACAGAGAAAAAAUGGAGAAACGAGCGCCACAAGAAAAGGAGAAAUACCAGCCUUCAUAUGAAACCACCAUUCUCACCGAGUGCUCUCCAUGGCCUGAGGUUACAUACGUCAACAACUCCCCUUCACCGGGUUUCAACAGCACCCCCAACAGCUUUCCUGUGAUCGAAGGAAAUGAUUCGCCCAAUCACCAGCCUGAGCCGGUUGCACUGUUAGCAGAUUUGUCGUGCCAUCUACUUAGAAGAGAGAGUGAAAGCAAUCAGAAUCUGUUGCCCACGGCAACGCCACAGGAAGCACUGCAGUGGCUCCAUAGAAACCGUUUUUCGCCAUUCUGCCGUCUCUUCACAAACUUCUCUGGGGCCGACCUGCUCAAACUAACCCGGGAGGAUGUCAUUCAGAUCUGUGGCCCUGCUGAUGGUAUUCGGCUAUUUAAUGCACUGAAAGGACGGGUUGUCCAUCCAAGGCUUACCAUUUAUGUGUGCCAGGAGUCCCAGCAGGCUCGUGAACAGCAGCAGAAACAUGAGAAUGGAGACGGAACCAGCAACACCUUCUUCGUGUAUCAUGCCAUCUAUCUGGAGGAGUUAACAGCUGUGGAACUGACGGAAAAGUUAGCUCAGCUCUUCAGCAUCUCUCCUCGCCAGAUCAGUCAGAUCUUCAAGCAAGGACCCACUGGUAUCCAUGUGCUAGUCAGUGAUGAGAUGAUUCAGAACUUUCAAGAUGAGAUGUGUUUUGUCCUGGACACAAUGAAAGCUGAAACAAAUGAUGGCUAUCACAUCAUUUUGAAGUGAAAACAAAAGAUGUGUGGGAGUGAGCAGGCCCCAGUGUUUUUCUUAAGAUUCAACCCACAGCCCCUACCCUCCAAACUUCCUGGGCCAUGCCGGCGAUGGAUUUGCUCGGAAUAGUAAUGGAGACAAUCAUGGGAAAGAAAAGAGGCAUCUGAACCCAGUUUGAAACCUUUACUGUAUUGUUGUCCAUGGAGUGUGCUGCCUCCCCAAAACUGCCCCCUUUACGGUUUACAAUUGUAUUAAAUCACAGAUUUUAAAGGCAGUAUAAAUGAUUAUGUCUCAUGUUGACAAUGUGCUAAGGCCUUACCGCCUGAAAAACAGAGAUUUGGCUGGUAUUAAAGACAGUAUUAUUUAGUGUUGUCUACUGCCUGGAUGUCAUCCCCCUGAGUUUGUGUCACAUGUAAAGUGCUGUGUCCACAUGUCUCAAUGAACACACCCCAUAUAGAUCAACAACACUGGAAGAUCAUGAACUUUUCUAUAAAUGAUGACCAUUGUCUUCAAACAGCAAAGGAAAGUUCAUUUCGUGCACAUGAUAUGCAGUGCUGUUUUCAUGUUCUUUCAUCUCUUUUAUAAAGGCCUGGUUUAACAUGUGAUCUCAAACCUCAUUAAGUCAAAAGUCAAUGCGUUGUUGUUAGUGAGCAAAUGAAUGAAUUCGACACUUGAUAUUUUUGUUUUGUUAAUUGGCUGUUUUCACAGCUAGCAGCUUGACUAAAGCAUUGCUGCAUGAGUCUUUAAUUUUUUCCUGAGUUAGAUGUUGAUUUUCUUAAGGAUUAUUUAAUUGGAAAUACCAGCUCAAAUUGACUGACUCAUCAUGACUGUUGAGACAUGAUGUGAGCUUCUGUAGCCUUUAUUCCUGAUGAUUCUCCAGGUGCUGCCACAAACGCACAUUAUUUUACAAACAGGAGAUGACGCUGGUAGCCGUGGGCAUUAUCUAUGUGUGUUUUAGUUUUUUUUGUUGUUAAACAUUGUGCUUAAUAUUCGCCCCCACUUUUUUAUUGUUGCAUAUACUAGAAUCAUUUUUUUUUUUACAAAUGUCAGACUUACCAAAAACAUUAUUUUAUGGUAUACAAGAGAUAAAUCAUGUUUUACUUUUUUGUUUCCUGUUGGAAAUGACCACUGAUGUAGUAAUCAUCCAGAUGUGGUAAAGGGGAAAUAACAUGGCACUGCUUGAGAAAAGGUAGCUGUGGUUAUUGCUAGAUGCAAACCAGACCAAGAUGGUGAAGAUGUUAGGUAUCAUCUGUUGUGACCCUUUACCUUGGCAUUGCAAUAAUUAAAAUUACUUACCAUGGAAGAAGCUGAUUUGUUUUGUAUGCUAGA